UUAGCACUUUGCUAUUACGUAACAAAAUUCUGUUAUUACAAUCUUUUCACGAUCUUCAUCUUUCUGGGUUUUUCUCAAAUUCUCAAUCAAAUCUGUUACUGAAUUCUUCUCAAAAAGACGUAGAAUUGGAUGGUUACUCCUCCGUAGCGCGAAAUCCCACAUCACAUUUUCAUUUUUCUGGGUGACUUUAGGUGGAAAGAAAAAUAGAACACGCAGUCUAUAAGAGAAUUCUCAACCAAGGGGUAGUGCGGCAAUGUUGGAAUCUAAAGAAAUGAUGUCGCUCGAAUCUUACCAGAAUCAAGCUAAUUUGUUCGUAAAGGAUUAUUUACUAGCAGAUUCUUUUAUUCCAUAUACUUCUGUUUUUGGGGGCAUUUUUGCUUGCAAACUGGUCUAUGAUCUUACUCAGCUUAUUGGUACUAAUUCCUUUAAGACCUAUUCCAGCUUAUCAAAAAUCCAACGUAUUGAGUGGAAUAACCGAGCUAUGUCUACUAUUCAUUCAAUUUUCAUAACAACUAUGUCAUUAUACAUGGUGUUUUGCUCAAAUUUAUUUUCUGACAACCAGUCUACCGAUCCUAUUACAGUUCGAAGCUCUUCACUGUCAACAUUUGCACUGGGGGUUUCUGUUGGUUACUUCCUUGCUGAUUUUGUGAUGAUAUUUUGGUAUUUUCCUUCUCUUGGUGGAUAUGAGUAUGUAAUUCAUCAUCUAUUUUCUUUAGUAGCAGUAGCAUAUUCAAUGUUGAGCGGGGAAGGGCAGCUUUACACAUACAUGGUCCUGAUCUCUGAGGCAACUACUCCGGGAAUCAAUUUGAGAUGGUAUCUCGAUGUAGCUGGUAUGAAAAGGUCCAAAGCUUAUCUUAUCAAUGGGGUUGUAAUAUUCCUUGCUUGGAUGGUUGCCAGAAUACUUCUGUUCGUUUACAUGUUUUACCAUGUGUACCUGCAUUUUGAUCAGGUUGAGAAAAUGCACAUCAUUGGGCAGAUAUUGAUAAUUGUUGUGCCAAUGGUGCUAUCUGUCAUGAACCUGGUUUGGUUCGCAAAGAUUGUUAGAGGCUUGAGGAAGACAUUGGCAAAGAGGCAAUAGUAAUCUUCUUAGUAAUUCUUAUUACAAAAAUAUGUAUAGGUUUCCCUGUUUAUAUAUGUCACCUUGUCUAACCUGCACUGAAAGAUGUAACAAUAUCCAAUUAUAGUUUUGAAUUGUUUGGAUCCUAGGAACGUGUAAAACCAGGUAUUAAAACCUGUUGGUAGAGAAAUUCAUAUUUUGCAUUUAACGACUCAUUGAACUUUA